AUGACUAUCUCACAUCACUAUCUCACAGUACCACGCAAACUAUCACUAUCACCUUCCGUGUUCUUCCGCGUUGCGAUCACUUCUUCCGUGUUGAGAUGACCUCUUCCGUGUUGAGAGCACUUCUUCCGUGUUGAGAUCACUCCUUCCGCGUUGCGAUCAUUUCUUCCGUGUUGAGAUCACCUCUUCCGUGUUGCGAUCACUUCUUCCGUGUUGAGAUGACCUCUUCCGUGUUGAGAGCACUUCUUCCGUGUUGAGAUCACUCCUUCCGCGUUGCGAUCAUUUCUUCCGUGUUGAGAUCACCUCUUCCGUGUUGCGAUCACUUCUUCCGUGUUGAGAUGACCUCUUCCGUGUUGAGAGCACUUCUUCCGUGUUGAGAUCACUCCUUCCGCGUUGCGAUCAUUUCUUCCGUGUUGAGAUCACCUCUUCCGUGUUGCGAUCACUUCUUCCGUGUUGAGAUGACCUCUUCCGUGUUGAGAGCACUUCUUCCGUGUUGAGAUCACUCCUUCCGCGUUGCGAUCAUUUCUUCCGUGUUGAGAUCACCUCUUCCGUGUUGCGAUCACUUCUUCCGUGUUGAGAUGACCUCUUCCGUGUUGAGAGCACUUCUUCCGUGUUGAGAUCACUCCUUCCGCGUUGCGAUCAUUUCUUCCGUGUUGAGAUCACCUCUUCCGUGUUGCGAUCACUUCUUCCGUGUUGAGAUGACCUCUUCCGUGUUGAGAGCACUUCUUCCGUGUUGAGAUCACUCCUUCCGCGUUGCGAUCAUUUCUUCCGUGUUGAGAUCACCUCUUCCGUGUUGCGAUCACUUCUUCCGUGUUGAGAUGACCUCUUCCGUGUUGAGAGCACUUCUUCCGUGUUGAGAUCACUCCUUCCGCGUUGCGAUCAUUUCUUCCGUGUUGAGAUCACCUCUUCCGUGUUGCGAUCACUUCUUCCGUGUUGAGAUGACCUCUUCCGUGUUGAGAGCACUUCUUCCGUGUUGAGAUCACUCCUUCCGCGUUGCGAUCAUUUCUUCCGUGUUGAGAUCACCUCUUCCGUGUUGCGAUCACUUCUUCCGUGUUGAGAUGACCUCUUCCGUGUUGAGAGCACUUCUUCCGUGUUGAGAUCACUCCUUCCGCGUUGCGAUCAUUUCUUCCGUGUUGAGAUCACCUCUUCCGUGUUGCGAUCACUUCUUCCGUGUUGAGAUGACCUCUUCCGUGUUGAGAGCACUUCUUCCGUGUUGAGAUCACUCCUUCCGCGUUGCGAUCAUUUCUUCCGUGUUGAGAUCACCUCUUCCGUGUUGCGAUCACUUCUUCCGUGUUGAGAUGACCUCUUCCGUGUUGAGAGCACUUCUUCCGUGUUGAGAUCACUCCUUCCGCGUUGCGAUCAUUUCUUCCGUGUUGAGAUCACCUCUUCCGUGUUGCGAUCACUUCUUCCGUGUUGAGAUGACCUCUUCCGUGUUGAGAGCACUUCUUCCGUGUUGAGAUCACUCCUUCCGCGUUGCGAUCAUUUCUUCCGUGUUGAGAUCACUCCUUCCGUGUUGAGAGCACUUCUUCCGUGUUGAGAUGACCUCUUCCGUGUUGAGAGCACUUCUUCCGCGUUGAGAUCGCUCACGUACUAUCCAACAGAAGUAGUUAUCAGUGCCUAAGAGAAGUCCUCCUAAGAGUUGCUUCAAAGGCUGUCAAAAUCGGCUGCUGCUGCUGCAAAGUCAGCACUGUAAGUAGAUCUUCUCCUAGGAAUGUAAUCGUAUUCAAUAAUAACCUAGAUGGGAUGAAUGUAAUCAUAUUCAAAUAUUUUUGACAGUUGAGUGACUUGCUGUUAGAGUGUUUUUUUUAGAAGAUCUUCAUUAAACUACUCCGUCCGAGGGGAACAAACUUCUGCGGUAGUAUGACUAGCAUGAAUUAUACAGUCGUUGUAGGCCAAACGAGGGGACAACCCUUUUUGUAUCCGAUGUUAUUUUGAAGAGAGAACGAUGCACAAAGUCAAUGUUACAACUAUGCAAGAUAAUGAUAAAAUAUUGAAGGCAAGAAUGAUGAACCAACGAUAAAGAGGCCCUUUGUUGUAGUUAACUGGAAAGCGAGCACUAGACGAGCACUACUUUCAACAUUUUCGAUUUUUUCUUCGUUCCGAAAUGAGCUUGUAGUAUCACUUGUGGAUUUGAUAUUUCUAAGGCUGGUUAUUAUUACACAUGAACUACAAACAGCAUGUUGAACUUGAGAUUUCAUACAGAGAUAUUAAUUCGUUGUUCAUGCAGCUCACUGAUUCAUUGAUUCAUUGAUUCAUUUUUUGGCGGAUGUCGCUUGCGUAGAGGAACGGACUGCAGCAUCUUCACACUCACAAGGGAUC